AUGAAGGGGAGCUCCAAGAAGCUAAGCAAGAUCGUGGGAAAGUGGAUACGAAGAGGCCAUUUCGUGGUCUACUCAAAAGACAACACUCCAUCUCUUGUGCCGUUGCGUUAUCUAAACCACCCCAUUUUUAGAGUAUUGCUGGAGAUGGCGGAAGAGGAGUACGGCCUCACCGUUCAUGGCCUGUUGCAGAUUCCUUGUGAUAAGGAAUUCGUCACCUUCAUUCUUUCUAUGCUCGGGAAAAAUACCAACUACAAUGUAGAUAAGGCAGUCCUCUCCAUUUCGAGGUUCCAAGCAAACUACAGUUUUUUAUAG